UUUUCACAGUCUAGCGUCGCUGGUCGACGUACACACUAUCAAUACAUUCAUUAAAAUUAAUUAAUUAAUUUAAAAAAACCAUAAAUUCAAUAAAUAAUAAAAUUUUGUGUGAAUAAAUUAAUGUAGCUAGAAGUUAAAAAAGAAAUUAAUCAACGAUAUCAAAAUACCAAAAUUGUGUGAAUUUAAAAACUUUCAUACUUGGUUUAUUUACGAUAGCUUUUUUUUUCCUUCGAUAAAUAUUAUUAUCAACAAUAAUAUAAAGAAAAUGUAAAUAUUUUAAAUGGAAUAUAAAUUUAUCGAAUUAGUAAAAAGUGUGUUUAUCUAAAAUUUUAGUGAUAAUAAUUUUUUUUUUUUUCAAUUUAAUUACUGUGGAAAUAGAAGAAAAAAAAAAUUUCUACAAGGUUUUUUAUUCGGCACUUGUGUCAAUUCGGAAAUUGGCACCUGUGUUGAAGACAUGGCGAUUACAAUGUUUGUUUGGUCAGUGUCAAAUUUCAUAAUUUUAAAAUUUUACUCCUAAUAAUUUAUUUGUAUAUUAAAUAAAUAAUAAUAAUUAAUUGAAAAUUUAAUUAUUGGCAUUUAUGUGAAAAGGGCUUGGCCAAGUGAAAAAAAAUAUCUACAUAUAUUUUUUUUUUUGUUAUUGAGUCAAUUUUAUUUUUUUAACACACCCUUGUAUUAAAAUUUUUUUUUUUUAUUUUUUUUUUCUGUUUUACUUUGUAUUAUUUUUUUUUUUUACUCUCUAAGGGUAAUGUUUUUGGGUGGGAGGUCCAUCAGAGUGCAAGUGUGUAAACGGAAGUGUUCGGGAUAGGCGCAUGCUGAGCUGAGAUAUUACUGGUUUAAAACCUGGCAUGGUAACACAAAUAUAUUAAUUGAGGGUGAAUAAAUACACUGGAGAAUGGGAUCUUCUGGGGUGUAUUUUUCUCAGCUGAGAGCAUUACUUAUACGAAAUUUGCUGCUUAAAAAACGUGACAAGCGAAAGACAAUUGUGGAGGUAUUUUUACCACUCUACACACUUGGUACAUUGAUCCUGAUUAAAAUUCUUAUACCAAAUCCAAAUUAUCCAGCAACACCAACUCAACCAUUACAUCAUGAUAUUUUUGAACUUUUUAAUGGUUAUAAAAAUAAUACUGUUGCUGUUGUACCAAACAACACUGAAACUAUUAAUUUUCUCAGUGCAAUGAACAAUUUAUGGAUGUCAAUGUGGGGUCCAUUGGGAAAUCCAUUGACCUUUAUAUUACUUGAAACUCAAGAUGAUCUUCAGGCAGCAUAUUGGCGUGAUCCACAUAAUAUACCAUUGGCUGUUAUUUUUGAAAAUACAACUCCAAUUACAGGACCUCUAUCAUAUGAAAUACGAACAAAUCCAUCGUAUUCAGCACCACCAUCACCAACAGAAUACUUUUCAUCACCAGUGACUUGUAGAAAGGACACAAGUCACUGGAUUGGUGAUGUCCUUUCUAUGGGUGGUAUAUUAUCAAUGGAAACUGGUGGUUCAUGUCCAGUUAAUAAUUAUUUUUAUUCUGGUUUUAUGGCAUUACAAAUGAUUAUAGAUAUAACAAAAAUUCGAAUUGAUACUAAAAGUAAUGAUUUAACAGUACCAGAAGUAAAGCUAGUAAUGUAUCCAAAAAAUGCUUAUACUGCAAAUUGGAUGUUGGCAUUUAGAGUUGUAAUACCACUUUAUAUGGUAUUGGCAUUAUCACAAUUUAUAACAUAUUUAUUAAUUUUAAUUGUCGGUGAAAAAGAAGAAAAAAUAAAAGAAGGAAUGAAAAUGAUGGGAUUAAAAGAUUCAGUAUUUUGGAUGUCAUGGUUUAUAAUAUAUAGUAUAUUUGUACUUGUAUUAUCUGGUGUUGCAGUAUUAUUAUUAUUUACAUUACAAAUGUUUCAACAUACUCAUUUUUUGCCAAUAUUUUUACUAGUUGUAUUAUACAGUUUAUCAAUAAUAAUGUUUGCCUUUAUGAUAACACCAUUUUUUGAUAAAGCUAGAACAGCUGGUGUAUUGGGUAAUUUUGCUGUAACAAUAUUAAGUUUAAUGUAUUUUAUACAAGUAUUUGUUGAUGAUUCAAGUUCAAUAUCAUUUUGGCUUGUAUCAUUAUUAAGUCCAACUGGUGUUGCAUUAGCAAUGGAUAAAGCACUUGUACUUGAUUUACAAGGUGAAGGUGUUAAUUUUGAUAAUUUAUGGUCUGGUCCUGGUAUACCAUUUGGUGGUAGUUUAAUAAUGAUGUUUGUUGAUAUAAUAUUAUAUGGUUUUAUGGCAUAUUAUCUUGAUUCAGUUGUACCAACUGAAUAUGGUGUUAAAAGACCACCAUGGUUUUGUUUUACACCUGGUUAUUGGUGUCAAAAAAAAGUACAAAGACAAACAUCAUUAAAUGGUGAAUCAAAUUCAUUUAUACCAGAUGAAGAAAUAAAUUGUGAUAUUGAACCAAUUGCACGUGAAAUGAAAGGACAUGAAGCUAUUAGAAUUAUUGAUUUAUAUAAAUCAUAUAAUAAAUGUCGUAGACCAGAAGUUAAAGCUGUUAAUGGUAUUAAUUUAACAAUAUAUGAAGGUCAAAUAACAGCAAUACUUGGACAUAAUGGUGCUGGUAAAACAACAUUAUUUAAUAUAUUAACUGGUUUAACAGCACCAAGUUCUGGUACAGCAUUAAUAUUUGGUUAUGAUGUUAGAAAUUCAAAUGAUAUGCAAAUAAUAAGAAGUAUGACUGGUGUUUGUCCACAACAUGAUAUAUUAUUUGAUUUAUUAUCACCACGUGAACAUUUACGUUUUUUUGGUUUAGUUAGAGGUAUUAAAAAUUCAAUAAUUGAAAAUGAAGUUAAUAGAACAUUAAAAGAUAUUGAUUUAAUUGAAAAAGCUGAUACAUUUGCAAAAUAUUUAAGUGGUGGACAAAAAAGAAAAUUAUCAAUUGGUAUUGCAAUAAUUGGUGAUCCAAAAAUAAUAAUACUUGAUGAACCAACAGCUGGUGUUGAUCCAUAUUCACGUAGAUUAAUGUGGUCAUUUUUACAAUCAAGAAGACAUGGUAAAGUUAUAUUAUUAACAACACAUUUUAUGGAUGAAGCUGAUAUAUUAGCUGAUAGAAAAGCUGUUAUAAGUAAAGGAAAACUAAGAUGUUGUGGUAGUUCAUUAUUUUUAAAAAAUAAAUUUGGUAUUGGUUAUCAUUUAACACUUGUACUUGAUGGUAAUGGACGUAUACAUGCAAUAACAAGACUUGUAACAUCACAUGUUGCUAAAGCUGAAAAAGCAAGACGUCAUGGACGUGAAUUAAGUUUUAUAUUACCUCAUAAUUCAGUGGAUAAUUUUGCACAAUUAUUUGCAGCAAUUGAACAAGAAAUUAAAACAAAAGGAAAUCGUCUUGGUAUAAGCAGUUAUGAAACACAAAUGUCAUUACAAUCAAAAAGCACUUCUUAUCAGAGUUUGCAAAACGAGGGAGGAUUGGCAGUGAUGACAGUGCAGAAUGAUGGAGGGAUGAUUAUCAAACCAACAACCGAAAUAUUGGACAAUCAAUCAUGUGACAAAAAUCCAGCAGUACUUGGUCUUGGUCUUGAUCAAAUUAAAAUACAACCAAAUUUUUUUCAAACAUUAUAUGCAAUGUUGAGAUUAAGAUUAUUACGAUUAUGCAGGAAUUUACAAUUAUUAUAUUUUACAAUUGUUGCACCACUACUAUUUGUAUUCCUCGGUUUGUACUUGAAAAGUAUACAAACUGUUGAAUUAAAGCCGCAAUCAUUGGCAUUAGAUAACAAUACAUAUGGUAAUGAUACAAAAGUAUUAUUUACAAAUUAUACUGAAACAGACAUAUCAUCAUUAGCACAACAAAUUAAUCAAAGUUUAUUGUUGAAGCCAUAUGAUGGUAAUUUAUCAGAUUUACUUAAUCCAUCAGUUGCACCAAGUAUGGCUGUUUUAAAUAUUAAUGAUUAUAAUGAUAAUCGUUUAAAUUUAACACUGACAUACAAUGAUACAAUGCAACAUUCAUUACCAAUAUUUAUGAAUAUAUUAUCAAAUGCAUACUUGAGACAUUUAUCAGGUAAUAGUGCAUCACCAAUUGAGGUAAGAACACAUCCAUUUCAGCAAACUUCACAACCACAAGAAUUUAAUAUUGGAAUAGCAAGUUCAGCAUUAUUUAUUGGAAUGGAUUUAGUACUUAUUCCUAUAACAUUAGCUGUUGAUAUGGUUUAUGAUCGUGAAAUAAAAACUAAAAAUCAACUACGUGUUAAUGGAUUAACAUUUUCAAUGUAUUUUUUGGCUUAUUUUAUGGUAUUAGUUGGUUUAAUGUCAUUCAUAUGUUUAUGUAUAUUGGGAAUAAUAUUUUUAUUUAAAAUACCAUCAUUACAAGAAGUACCAGCAUUAUUAACACUUGGUACAUUAUUAAUGUUAUAUUGUCCACCAUCAAUAUUAUUUUCAACAUGUUUAAGUUAUAUAUUUGAUAAAACAGAAUCAGCACAAAGUAUAUUACCAAAUAUUGUAACAUUUUUUGGUUUAAUACCAUUUGUACUUGUUAUGAUACUUGAUAUGCUUGGAUUAAGUAGUGUUGCAGCAUUUGCAUUACAUAUUGUAUUUUCAUUAAUAAAUACAAUGUAUCUUCCAUAUGCAGCAAUAUAUUAUGUUGAUCGUGUACAUCUAAUGUGUUCAAUUAAUGAGGCAUGUCAUCAUUUAACAGUUACUGAUUAUCUUACUGCUGAAAUUGUUGUUAUGGGACUUGGUGUAUUAUUACAAUAUCCAGUAUGGUUUUUUGUAUUAUUAUUACUUGAUGUUAAAAAAAAUGGUGGUAAAAUAAGUGAUGUAUUUAAAUAUUAUUUACGUAAUGGUGGAUCAAUUGCUGAUGAAGUUAUUGAAAAUAAUGAUAUUGGUGAACAUGAAGAUGCUGAUGUUAAAAUUGAACGUCAAAAAGUAUUUAAUUAUGUUACAUCAACAUCUGUACAAGAACCACCAGUUGUAUUAGUACAAAAUUUACGUAAAGAAUAUCGUCAACGUCAAGCUGGUGGUGCAAUUUGUAGUUGUUGUUCAAAACGUGAAAUUGAACAACCAGUAUCACCUAAAAAAUUAGCUGUUAGAAAUUUAUCACUUGCUGUUGAACCGGGCGAAGUUCUUGGUUUAUUGGGCCAUAAUUCAGCUGGUAAAACAACAACUAUGAAAAUAAUAAUUGCUGAAGAAGCAGCAACACGUGGACGUGUACAAAUUGGUGGUCAUAAUAUACAUUCACAUUUAACUGAAGCAUAUCGUCAAAUGGGUUAUUGUCCACAACAUGAUGCAUUAUGGAAAAAUAUAACAGUACGUGAACAUCUUGAAUGUUAUGCAGCAAUACGUGGUGUACCAUGGAGUGAAAUUGAUAGAAUUGUUGAUCUUUAUUUAACUGGUUUACAAAUACAUGAACAUGCUGAUAAAGAAACACAAGAAUGUUCAGGUGGUACAAGAAGAAAAUUAAGUUUUGCAAUGGCAAUGGUUGGUUGUCCAAAAGUUGUACUUAUGGAUGAACCAAGUACUGGUAUGGAUCCAAGAUCAAAACGUUUUCUUUGGGAUACAAUAUUAGCUAGUUUUCAAGGUGGUAGAGGUGCAAUAUUAACAACACAUUCAAUGGAAGAAGCUGAUGCACUUUGUUCAAAAGUUGGUAUUAUGGUUAAAGGUGAAUUAAGAUGUAUUGGAUCAACUCAACAUCUUAAAAAUCUUUAUGGUGCUGGUUAUACACUUGAAAUGAAAUUACUUGGUGGUGAUACAACACCAACAAAUGAUCCAAUUGAUCGUAUUGCAGCACUUAAAGAAUUUGUUAAUACUUUAUUUACUGAUGCAACACUUGAAGAAAGUUUUCAAGAUAGACUUGUUUUUGCUGUGCCUCAAAGUGGUGUUAAAUCACUUGCUGAAUGUUUUACACAAUUAGAAAAAACUAAAGUUGAACUUGGCAUUGAGGAAUAUAGUUUUAGUCAAACAACAUUAGAACAAGUUUUUCUUAAAUUUUCACAUUACACUGAAACAGCUAGUAAUGAUUAAUAAUAGUUAGACAUUCAUUUAUACAAAAAAAUAAAUAAAUACAAAUAUUUCUAGGAAAAUUUUUUUAAAAAACUAUAAAAUAACAAAAAAAAAAAAAAAAAAUUAACAAAGUGAAAUGUGUGAUGAUGAUAAAUUCAUUCCAUAUAUGACGACCAUUAAUGAAACAGAAAAAUUAAUUAUCAUAGCAGAAAUUUUAAUGUUAUAAUAUUUUUUUUUUAUAAAAUCAAAUAACGGCCUCAAAUUAUUAUUUUUAAUUAUUAUUUACUUUUAAAAAUAAUAAUUAAUUAAAUUUGAUGAAAGAAAAUACGGUCAGGGACCAUGGAGGAUGUACAUUUUACUGAUAAUUAUUCAAUUAAUUUUAGUAUUAUUAUAAUUAAAUAUAAAUUUUCAUUGAAUAAUAUAUCAAGAGCUUAUCAGAGACACGCGUUGACUCAAUCAUCAGUAACAUUAUUGCAUAUUAAACAAAACAAAAAAAAAGAAAUUAAAUAUAAACAAACUGAUGCAACACUGCUGAAACCGCAGCCAAGAGAUGAUUAAUGACCACAAGAUUUUUCAUCAUCCUUUUUUUUUUCUUUCAUCUUAAUCAUUUUUUUUUUUUUUUUACUAUUUUCAUCUGCCUAAGAAACAAAAAAAAAAACGAUAAAAAUCUCACACGAUUUACGGGCUGUAAUUUCUUACAAAUUAAGUAUAAAUAUAAACAUCAUUUUGUAAAUAUAGCACCAAUUAUUUUUGAGCAUUGUUAAUCUCAAUUUAGAAAUUGAAUAGCAUAUAUAAAUGUAUUUUUUUUUUUAACUAAAAAGUUUAGUGAAAAAAAAAUCAUAGUACGUACUUUUUCUGCAGUAAUUAUAGAAAUUAAAAUCUUAGUUUUCAAUUGUAUAAAAAAAAUAUCACAUAAAUAAUAUAAUAAUAAAUAAUUAAAAUUAAUUAAAAUAAUAAAAAAAAAAAUUCGCUUUAUUGUAAAAUUUUUGUCCUCAUAAAAAUAAUAAUGGGACUUGUUAUUUGCAAUAUAUAGGACUGAUAAAAUAAAAAGCCGAAAAUCGUUGAUGUUUAAAUUUUAAUAAAUUAAUAAGUAAAAUUAUUAAUUUUUAUUAUAAAUAAUAAUAAAUAUUAAAAUUGUUUAGAUGUCGAUAAAUUGAUCUCACAUAUUGACAUUUUUUAUUUCGCUCAUGAAUAAUUGGACUGUAUAUAAUUAUAUAAAAAUCUUUUUAUUAAUAUUGUAUAAUUGAUUGAUGAACAAAUGAAUAUUAUAAUUAAUCAAUUAAUUAAUUAAAAAAUUGUGCGUCCUAAAAAAAAAAAAUAUGAUUGGUAAUACUCGAAGGACUGAAUGAUACAAUUGAAUUUAAUGAACUUAACAGUAAAAAAAAAAAAACAAACAAACAAACAAACAAUUUGCCAUUAAUGAUAUGUAAUACAAAGUUUUUUUGUAAAUACAAUGUUAUUAAUAAUUAAUUAAGAUUAACAGGAAAAAAAAAAUCAAGAUUUAUAUGCUAAUAAAAAAAAAAAAAAUACAUUAUUAAUUUUAAAAAAUUCAAAAAAAUAAAAAAUAUAAAAAAAAAAAUUAGAUUAAAAAUCGUGGGAUGCAUGCUAAUGAAUUCAUCAGUUGAUUUAGAACAAAAAAAAAAAAAUUAUAAUGAAAAUCCACGUGUGCAAGAAAAACCAGUCUAGAUGAAAAAAAAAUUUUUAAUAAAAUUUAGUCAAUUAUAAAGGAAAAAAAAAGGUAAAUUACGAAAAAAACAGGCUGUAAAAAAUAAAAAUUGCUGAUUAGUUUUACAACAUGUACGUCAACGAUUUUUUCAAGAGUUUAAAUAAAAAAAAAUUGAACUGAUUGCUUGUUAAGCUCUAAGUUCGUUGUUUAUUUAUUGUAUUUAUAUUUAAAAAAAAAAAAAAAAACAAAAGUAAAUAAAUAGUAUAUAAGAAAUUGUGUGUGAAAUAAUGAAAAAUCAAUGUAUAAAAAUUUAAAAAAAAUAUUCAUCUGAUGAGUGAGUUUCUGUGUUUAAAAAAAAUCAAGUCAUACUAUAAAAAAUCGUAUAAAAUUCUUUUAUAAAAAUAUUUAAAUAAAUACAUAAUUAAAUAUUUUAACGACUGUCUAUAAAUCACACUAAUACGUGCAGGUGUGUGUAAUGAAAAGGAAUUUAAAAAAAAGAAAAUCACAUCGUCCCAUGAUGAAGAGAAAAAAAAAAAAAAAUUGUACAAA